GUGGUUGGGGCUGCAUACACUCCUGGACAAUCUAGCUUUCUAGCCAUCCUCUAGCUCUACCUCUACCCAGAACUGGACUCUGAAUGCUGGAGUUCCCCCUCCUCUAUGAUUUUGUCAAAAUCCAGGACUUGUUUCCAGAGGCUUGGGGGAUAUUGUUGGAGAGGUCCCCAAGCUCUGCCCCUCCCCCUAUUUAGAGAAGCUUUCUGUCCCGUGGAGUACUGCCUUUGUUAUGCGCCUGCCUGGAGGCCCUGUGACACUCUCGCUGCACAGAGCACGUGGCUGCCACUCUGGCCUCUUCCAGAGAGUGGUGCAUCCCUGGACACUACAACAUCUGAGCGUCUAGUGGCAUUGGCCUCCAGUUAGAAGCAGGAGUCACCAGAGCUUCUAGAAAGGGCUAGAGUCAGGAGCUGGAGAUAAGUCACCAGGCACACUCCAGGGUCGGUGAUGUUCUCUCCUGCAGACUGGCUCCGAGCUACUGAGGGUAGGGCCAGGGACUUGUCCUGUGGCCCAGAGCUAAGUCACAGGGAAGACAGCAAUGGCUCCACCCAGGAGCAGAGCAGACCCUGCAGUGCGGGUAGCCAUGUCCUGGGCCAGGACUGCAUAGAUGGGCAGAUCUUGGGCCAGUUGCGCCCCCUGUCAGAAGAGCAAGAACCCUCUGGGGCUACCUUCCUUGGGGAGCCUGCCUUCCCUGAGAUGGAUUCAGAGGAUCUCCGGCUGGCUUCCUUCUACAACUGGCCAUCCACUGCUGGAAUUCAGCCCGAGCCAUUGGCUGCUGCUGGCUUCUUCCAUACAGGUCAGCAGGACAAGGUGAGAUGUUUCUUCUGCUAUGGCGGUCUGCAGAGCUGGGAGCAGGGAGAUGACCCCUGGACAGAGCAUGCCCGAUGGUUCCCCAGGUGUCAGUUCCUGCUGCAGUCAAAAGGAAGGCACUUUGUGGAAAGAAUCCAGGCCUGCACCCCCUUGCUUGGCUCCUGGGACCAAUGGGAAGAACCAGAAGAUCCGGUCUCUGCCACCCACUCAGAUACCAGAGGCAUCCAGGAAUGGAGCCAGAGCCCAGCUGUGCCCAGCACAGCCCCUUCACAACUGAUGGCUAAUUUGCUCCAGGAGGAUGAGGGCCAGAUGGCCAGGGCCAGAGCUCCUGCCCAUGGAGGCCCUGAAUUGUUCACACCCAGAGGAGAGACACAGCCUGAAAAUGUCAGUGAGCCAGGAGCUGGGUCUGUGCAGGAACAGCUGCGACAGCUGCAGGAGGAGAGAACAUGCAAGGUGUGCCUGGAUCGAGCUGUCUCUGUAGUCUUCGUGCCCUGUGGCCACUUAGUCUGCCCUGAGUGUGCCCCCAACCUGCAGGUGUGCCCGAUCUGCAGGGUGACUAUCUCCAGCUGUGUACGCACCUUCCUGUCCUAAACCAGGUACUGCAAGUUGGGCACCCUGCCUGCCUCAGCCUGUCCCAGACCACACAGUGGGUCUGCUGGGGACCACAAACAUAGCCCAGCGUGGAAGAAGAGUUGCUGGUUGGUGUGAGGAGUGCUUCUGUUGUAGCUUUGGGAACCUAUUUGAAGAUAAUAAAGUAGAAGGUCUGACUUCAGUGCUCAGCUAGGCUCUAUACCAAAUACCCCCGCCUCAUCUAGUCCACGCUGAGCCGGUCUAUGCUGCUUCUCGCCAGCACAGCAGCGCCUUGUCCGGUGUCCAGACACCUCCAGUCACUUCACAAACGCUUCCCCGCUUGGGGAAGAACACUCUUUCUGAUCUCAGUGAUCUUGCACUGUAUUCUACCCUUUCAGAACAGACCGGCUUCAGGUGCCUCUUGAGACCCCACUUCUAAUUACCCACAAACUUUGUAUAUUUCCUAAAAUGGCAGGUGUUCUCAGGAUACUUGCCCAAGGUCCUUUUUUCUAAACAGAGCCAUCCACUUUCUAGAAAGAAGGGUCUAUGUGACAUUCCCAGGCUCCAUGCUUCACCCACGGUUCUCUCCUAGCUUGGGAGUGGCAGGGCUCCUGGUCCA